AUGGUGUCAGCUUACUGCUGCUCAAGCCCGGCCUUCUGCGCCGACGGGAGCGAAAGCUCCAUUUGGGAAUGCUGUGCCUAUGGUAGCUGCAAUAUCUUCUGCUGCAAUUGCGAUGGAGGGUGUAUCACGGCGUCUAAAAAGAGAUCCUGGACUGAUUGGGGCCAUGGCCGUGGCUGUUCACCAUUUCCUGGCGCCUUUGAUGCCGAUGAGGUAUGCCCAGCCACAAUCAGCGACGACCAAUGUGUCAUCGACAAACUCGACGCCUUAGACGGCAACCUCGACGGAAGGGUUUCUCUGGCCGAAGUUCUUGCCAGUCCCGACAUUGUCCGGCCAUUGAUAACCCAGCUGGACCUGGAUCCCGAGGAUAUCAAGGUCAAGAUGACUGAGCUCUUCAACAUCUUUGAUACCAACAAGGAUGGUUAUUUGGACCUUGCCGAGGCAAGUGCCCGCCAAGUUGUCAAGAUCUCAAAAUGA